AUGGACAAGAAAAAGUCAGCAAGAUCACUAAGCGAACACCUAUCUCUACCUCCUCCCCCAUCACAUGCUGUAGCCGUAGCCAUUAAUGGAAAGAAGAAGAGCAAAUACGUCUCCUUUUGGGCUCUUGAGAAGUUCAUCCCUGAAGGCUUCUCUGAUUUCAAAUUGAUCUAUGUUCGUCCUCCUGUCACUUACAUCCCUACCCCAAUGGGGAAUGCGGUAUCAAUAUGGAACUCAAACGACACGCUCCGUCCUUACAAGAAAAUGUUCGAAAGGAGAAAGGUGAGAGUAGAGAUUCUGGUGCUAGAGUCACACGAUCCUGUGGCUGCGAUAGCAGAAGAGAUUGCUGGAACCAGAGUCACCAAACUGGUUAUAGGAAUGUCUCUCCGCGGAUUCUUCACAAGAAAGAUUGAUAUGUCUUCUAUGAUUGCAACUGCCGUUCCAAGAUUCUGCACAGUCUAUGUAGUCUCAAAGGGGAAACUAGCAUCUGUGCGUCCUUCCGAUUCAGACGCUAGCGGAACCAUAAGGUUUGAGAGAAUGGAGAGAGACAGUUCCACGAGUGACUCCAUUGAUAGUCCUAAUCCUAUUAUUUAUUUGGUCUUUUUCUCGUUUAUUUCAGAAGCGCAAUCACGAGUCUCUAAUAUAUCCACUGCUUCAAAACAUUCAGAGAUGAGCAGCAGCGCGACGGUUCAAAUGGAUAUGAUGAGUUCAUGCGAGACGGACCAGCAGUUGGAAGUGUCUACAUGCAGAGCGAUGCAGACUGAAGAGCGGAAGAGUAACACUAGCAAUGAGAGCUUUAGUGCAUCAUUUGCUUCUAAAUGGAGAGAUCACGAGGACUGGAGAUCGAUCAGGAGCUCGUCUUCUAGCAAUAAUCACGAGAUAGCGAAUAUGGAGUGGGGGGUUGUGGUUCCUGAGAACUAUUCUCGUGUUUCUUCUGAUCAAGGUUCCAACAUGUCUGAUGGCCUCCUCAGUUUCAAUUCCAUGACCGAUAAUAAUAAGGCAAAUCUAACAUUUGAGAUAGAGAAGCUGAGAGCCGAGCUGAAACAUGUUCAGGAGAUGUAUGCUAUGGCUGAAACUAAGACUGUCGAUGCCUCUCAAAAGCUAACUGAGUUAAACCAACGAAAAUAUGAGGACUCACAGAAGUUUACGGAGCUAAAAGAAAAGGAAAAAGUAGCUAAUGAUACAUCAUCAAAGGAGAAGCAAAGUUAUGAAGAGACGAUGAAGGUUAAAGAACUCAUGAUGAAAGAGGCUUUACGUAGAAGGGAAGCUGAGAUCAAAGCAGAGCGUGAUGCUAAAGAGAAAGAUAAGCUCCAAGCUUCUCUCGUCUCUCUGGGGAUCCAAUACCAACACUACUCAUGGGAAGAGAUUGCAGCCGCGACUUCUGACUUUUCUGAAGAUCUCAAGAUCGGAAUGGGAGCUUACGGAACCGUUUACAAAUGCAAUCUGCACCACACGGCCGGCGCUGUCAAAGUCCUUCACGCAGGAGAAACUCAGCUUUCCAAACAGUUUGAUCAAGAGCUUGAAAUCUUGAGCAAGAUCCGACAUCCUCACCUCGUCCUCCUCCUCGGGGCAUGUCCGGAACGAGGCUGCCUGGUCUACGAAUACAUGGACAACGGAAGCUUAUAUGACAGGUUGAUGCAAGUCAACGACAUACCUGCUAUCCCUUGGUUCGAGCGUUUCAGGAUCGCUUUAGAAAUCGCUUCAGCGCUAGUAUUCCUCCACAAAUCAAAGCCUAGACCAAUCAUUCACCGUGACCUCAAACCAGGUAACAUCUUGCUUGACCACAACUUCGUCAGCAAACUAGGCGACGUUGGUCUCUCCACGAUGAUUAACCAAGACGAUGCUGCUUCUAAACUAACCGUCUUAAAGAAAACAAAUCCUGUGGGAACACUAUGUUACAUCGACCCUGAGUAUCAGCGGACCGGGAUCAUCUCACCUAAGUCCGAUGUGUAUUCACUAGGGAUUGUGAUUCUGCAGCUCAUAACCGCCAAGUCCCCGAUAGGGAUUACUCAUAAGGUUGAAGAAUCUAUUGGAAACGAUGCUGAGUUUAUGGCAUUGUUGGAUGUGAAAGCUGGAACGUGGCCUAUUAGUGAGACUCGUGAGUUAGCUGCCUUGGGACUCUGGUGUACUGAGCUGAGACGUAGAGACAGACCAGACCUUAAAGAUCUGAUCAUCCCUGCUUUGGAACGGCUUUGGAAAGUCGUUGACGAAGCUCAAAACUCUGUCGGGAGAACUCCUUCUGGUCCUCCAUCCCACUUCAUUUGUCCACUUCUCAAGGGAGUGAUGAACGAGCCAUGCGUAGCUGCAGAUGGGUACACGUACGAUCGUGAAGCUAUACAGGACUGGCUGAGAGAGAAUGAUACGUCACCGGUGACAAACCUUCCGUUGCCUAACAAGAACCUUCUUGCUAAUUACAAUCUUUACUCUGCAAUUAUGGAGUGGAAGUCCAAUAAACAAUAAUGAGAGAGAUAAGUACAAUUUGAUUGAAUGAUCUUUUUUGUGUGUGUGUUUUCUCUUUUCCUCCUUUGUCUUUUGUGCGAUGAGAGGCCAUAUUACAACAAUAGAGUUGA